AUGCACAGGACGGCGGUGGAGACUCCCUUGCCGGUGAGGGAGACUCCCGUGCCGGUCCUCGCAUCCGAAGUGGUGACGCUGUUGGGUGUGAUGUGCGCCGUGCUGGGGUUCGUAGCCGAGGCCAACAGACUCAAACCGGAUGAAAUCCACGUGUCUGGUCGCGACUGCGUGUAUCCGGCCAACCCCGCUCACAAGCUGGGGUUCUGUGCCAUCUUCUUUCUUGUGAUGGCCCAGAUCAUCGCCUCGGCGGCCGGCGGCUGUUGCAGUUGUUGCAGGCCACCGGGCGGUGCUUCUUAUUCCAACUCCACUACCACUAGGCGACGAGUCGUGGGCGUCGUCGCCUCUGUCCUCUCAUGGGUAGCGGCGGUGAUCGCUGUGGUUUGCUUCUGGGUAGGCGCGGCGCUGAACGCGCCCAAGACGCGCCGAGCCAAAAUCGCGGGCCCCGACGAGGAGGAGUGCUACUUACUCAAGGGCGGUAUCUUCGUCACGGCGGCCAUGCUUAGCCUCGUCGCCACCUCGCUUGGGAUCAUGUCCUGUGUCUUGCUCCACCUGCCGGCGGCUACGGACGCGCCGCCGGAACAAGGCCAUCAUGCGGUCGGGCUGCCGCAGUGGCCAGCUCAGGGGUUCGUGCAUCCGUACCCUGCGUAA